AAUGCCAACCACAAGAUGGCGCCCGUUGCCAUACCAACCCUAGCCCCUCUGUACCCGCCAGAAGCGCCGCUGCGCAAUGUGAUUCCCUGCUUUCUCUCCCACCCCCACUCCUUCGUCGCACAUGCGUAUGAGACGGUUCGGGGGUCGGGCAGUGGUUCAGGCGGAGAGACGGGUAUCGGUCUGAUCCUGUCAGCUGUCAACAUGGUGGCCCUGUCUUUGAAGAUCUGUGUCCGGCAGUGCAAUGUCGUUAAAACCAUGCAAUUUGAGCCAUCCACGGCAGUAUAUGAUGCCUGCAGAAUCAUUAGAGAGAGGGUACCUGAGGCUCAGAGUGGACAAGCACUCGACUUUGGGCUGUUCCUAUCAGAUGAAGACUCCAGGAAAGGCAUCUGGCUGGAUGCUGGCAGGACUCUAGACUACUACAUGUUAAGGAAUGGGGAUGUCCUGGAAUACAAAAAGAAGCACCGGCCCCAAAAAAUCCGGAUGUUAGAUGGGGCAGCCAAGAUGAUUUUGGUAGAUGACUCUAAGACAGUGGGGGAAUUGUUAGUAACCAUUUGCAGCAGAAUUGGAAUUACAAAUUAUGAAGAAUAUUCUCUGAUCCAAGAAACUAUGGAGGAGAAGAAGGAAGAACCGACUGGUACUUUAAAGAAGGACAGAACGCUUCUCAGAGAUGAGAAGAAAAUGGAAAGACUUAAGGCUAAACUUCACACUGAAGAUGAAUUAAACUGGCUUGAUCAUAGCAGGACAUUCAGAGAACAGGGUGUGGACGAGAAUGAAACACUGUUACUCCGAAGGAAAUUCUUCUACUCUGACCAAAAUGUAGACUCUAGAGACCCAGUGCAGCUCAACUUGCUGUAUGUUCAGGCACGUGAUGAUAUCUUGAAUGGAUCUCAUCCUGUGUCUUUUGACAAGGCCUGUGAAUUUGGGGGGAUCCAAGCCCAAAUUCAGUUUGGCCCUCAUGUUGAAAGCAAGCAUAAACCUGGAUUUCUUGAACUUAAAGAAUUUCUUCCAAAGGAAUACAUGAAGCAAAGAGGAGCAGAAAAGAAGAUUUUUCAGGAGCACAAAAACUGUGGAGAAAUGACUGAAAUUGAAGCCAAGGUGCAGUAUGUGAAGUUGGCCCGAUCUCUCCGCACUUAUGGCGUUUCAUUUUUCUUAGUAAAGGAAAAAAUGAAGGGUAAGAACAAACUGGUGCCACGUCUGCUAGGGAUCACUAAGGAUUCAGUGAUGAGGGUGGAUGAAAGAACAAAGGAGGUUCUGCAGGAAUGGCCACUCACAACUGUAAAACGUUGGGCUGCCUCUCCGAAGAGCUUUACUCUGGAUUUUGGAGAGUAUCAAGAAAGCUAUUAUUCAGUGCAAACCACAGAAGGUGAACAGAUCUCACAACUUAUUGCUGGUUACAUAGAUAUCAUUCUAAAAAAGAAACAAAGCAAGGACCGCUUUGGUCUGGAAGGCGAAGAGGAAUCGACAAUGCUAGAGGAGUCUGUCUCACCAAAAAAGUCUACUAUUUUACAGCAACAGCAACUAACCAGAGCUGGUAAACCUGAACUUGGCACUGUAGCUCUUCCUGCAAUUAUACGCUCAGGAUCCAGUGGACCAGAGACUUUUAAUGUAGGAAGCAUGCCCUCUGCUCAGCAGCAGCUAACCACUGGACAGAUGCAUAGAGGACACAUGCCACCACUGACCUCUGCCCAGCAGGCUUUGAUGGGAACAAUUAAUACAAGUAUGCAUGCAGUGCAACAGGCUCACAGUGACCUAGGUCAUGUAGACAACUUGCCACCACUGGGACAUGACAUGGCGUCACGAGUCUGGAUUCAGAACAAAGUAGAUGAGUCAAAACAUGAGAUCCACUCACAGGUAGAUGCUAUAACAGCAGGCACAGCUUCUGUAGUGAAUCUUACUGCAGGUCAUCCAACAGAAACUGAUUACACCGCUGUAGGCUGUGCCAUAACCACUAUUUCAUCUAACUUAACUGAGAUGUCAAAAGGUGUGAAAUUGCUAGCAGCACUAAUGGAGGAUGAAGUUGGCAGUGGGGAGAACCUGUUGGGUGCUGCAAGAACACUUGCUGGAGCUGUUUCUGACCUACUGACUGCAGUACAACCUUCUUCUGAGGAGCCACGUCAGACUGUUCUUACUGCAGCUGGCAGCAUUGGGCAAGCGAGUGGGGAGCUAUUGCGUCAAAUCGGUGAGAGUGAAGCUGAUGAGAGGUUCCAGGAUGUGUUGAUGAACUUGGCAAAAGCUGUAGCUAAUGCAGCUGCUAUGCUAGUGUUGAAGGCAAAAAAUGUGGCUCAAGUGACUGAAGACACUGUUUUGCAGAACAGGGUGAUUGCUGCUGCCACACAGUGCGCACUUUCCACUUCUCAGCUUGUUGCCUGUGCAAAGGUGGUCAGUCCAACCAUCAGUUCUCCUGUGUGCCAGGAGCAACUGAUUGAAGCAGGGAAGUUAGUGGAUCGUUCCGUAGAGAACUGUGUUCAUGCAUGUCAGUCAGCUACUGAGGAUAUAGAGCUCCUGAAACAAGUUAGUGCAGCAGCCAUUGUUGUUGGUCAGGCACUGAAUGAUCUUCUGCAGCAUGUUCGUCAGUUUGCAAGUCGUGGAGAGCCUAUUGGACGGUAUGACCAGGCUACUGACACCAUCAUGUCAGUCACUGAAAGUAUCUUCAGCUCCAUGGGGGAUGCAGGUGAGAUGGUGCGACAAGCUCGAGUGCUUGCUCAGGCGACAUCAGACCUAGUAAAUGCAAUGAGGUCAGACGCAGAGGCAGAAGUAGAUAUGGACAAUUCAAAGAAGCUUCUAGCAGCUGCCAAGCUGUUGGCUGAUUCUACUGCUCGAAUGGUUGAAGCUGCAAAGGGAGCAGCAGCCAGUCCUGAAAAUGAAGAUCAGCAACAGCGACUCAGAGAAGCAGCUGAAGGUCUAAGGGUUGCAACAAAUGCAGCUGCCCAGAAUGCCAUCAAGAAAAAAAUAGUUAACCGCCUAGAGGCAGCUGCCAAACAGGCUGCAGCAGCUGCUACACAGACCAUUGCAGCAUCGCAGAAUGCUUCUCUCUCCAACAAGAACACUGCAGCUCAUCAACAGCUUGUCCAGAGUUGCAAGGUCGUUGCUGACCAUAUUCCUCAGCUGGUGCAGGGUGUGAGGGGCAGCCAGGCCCAGGCAGAUGAUUUGAGUGCUCAGCUUGCACUUAUUGUGUCCAGUCAGAACUUUCUGCAGCCUGGCAGUAAAAUGGUGGCCUCGGCCAAGGCAGCUGUGCCAACCGUGACUGAUCAGGCAGCUGCCAUGCAGUUGGGUCAGUGUGCCAAAAACCUGGCAACCAGCUUAGCAGAACUGCGUACAGCAGCACAAAAGGCCCAUGAAGCUUGUGGUCCAAUGGAAAUUGAUUCGGCACUGAAUGCUGUGCAGACAUUAAAGAAUGAACUGCAGGAUGCCAAAAUGGCAGCUGGCGAGAGGCAACUAAAGCCACUUCCAGGAGAAACGCUUGAGAAGUGCGCUCAGGAUCUUGGCAGUACCUCUAAGACUGUAGGAUCAUCCAUGGCCCAGCUGCUUACAUGUGCUGCACAAGGAAAUGAGCAUUACACAGGUGUGGCUGCAAGGGAAACGGCACAUGCUCUUAAGACACUGGCACAGGCAGCACGAGGGGUAGCUGCAUCCACCAGUGAUCCUCAGGCUGCCAGUGAUAUGCUUGACUCAGCAAGAGAUGUGAUGGAGGGGUCGGCAAAGCUUAUCCAGGAAGCCAAACAAGCUCUUGUAGCUCCAGGGGAUGCAGAGAUUCAGCAGAGACUGGCACAGGUUGCCAAGGCUGUGUCACACUCACUGAAUAACUGUGUAAAUUGUCUGCCUGGACAGAAGGAUGUGGACAUGGCUCUUAAAAGUAUCGGCGAGUCCAGCAAAAAGCUUUUGGUAGAUUCGCUUCCUCCAAGCUCAAAGUCAUUCCAAGAAGCCCAAAGUGAAUUGAACCAGGCAGCUGAAGAUCUCAAUCAGUCAGCAGGAGAAGUGGUCCAUGCUUCACGGGGCCAGAGUGGAGAAUUGGCUGCUGCAUCUGGGAAAUUUAGUCAAGAUUUUGAUGAAUUCCUUGAUGCUGGCAUUGAAAUGGCUGGGCAGACACAGAAAAAAGAUGACCAAAUGCAGGUGAUAGGCAGUCUGAAGACCAUCUCCAUGGCUUCUAGCAAACUUCUCCUGGCUGCUAAGUCUUUGUCAGUGGAUUCAGGAGCUCCCAGUGCCAAAAACCUUUUGGCAGCUGCAGCAAGAGCCGUAACUGAAAGUAUAAACCAGCUCAUCACCCUCUGUACACAGCAGGCCCCAGGACAGAAGGAAUGUGAUAAUGCUCUGCGUGAGCUAGAGACUGUUAAAGGCAUGCUGGAGAAUCCCAAUGAACCAGCCAGUGACCUGUCCUACUUUGAUUGUAUUGAGAGUGUGAUGGAGAAUUCUAAGGUCCUAGGUGAAUCCAUGGCCGGAAUUUCUCAGAAUGCCAAAACAGGUGACUUGCCUGCCUUCGGAGAGUGUGUGAGCGUAGCUUCCAAAGCUCUUUGUGGUUUGACUGAGGCUGCUGUGCAGGCAGCCUAUCUGGUUGGUAUUUCGGAUCCUAACAGCCAGGCUGGCCAGCAAGGACUGGUGGACCCCAUACAGUUUGCAAGAGCUAAUCAAGCAAUUCAGAUGGCUUGCCAAAAUCUGGUGGAUCCUGCAAGCAGCCCAUCACAGGUACUCUCAGCUGCUACUAUAGUAGCCAAACACACCUCAGCAUUGUGCAAUGCCUGCCGAAUUGCUUCCUCCAAAACUGCCAAUCCUGUGGCUAAAAGGCAUUUUGUUCAGUCAGCCAAAGAGGUGGCAAACAGCACAGCAAACUUAGUGAAAACAAUUAAGACACUAGAUGGAGACUUUUCUGAUGAGAAUCGGAAUAAAUGCAGCAUUGCAACAUCCCCCCUUAUUUCAGCAGUGGAAAAUUUAACUGCUUUUGCCUCAAACCCGGAAUUUGCAAGUAUACCAGCACAGAUCAGCAGUGAGGGUGCUCGUGCUCAAGAACCUAUUUUAGUUUCUGCAGUCACAAUGCUUGAAAGCUCAUCUUCCCUCAUCAAGACAGCCCGAUCCCUGGCUAUUAAUCCUAAAGAUCCCCCCACAUGGUCCAGUCUAGCUGGUCACUCGCGCAUAGUCUCAGAUUCAAUAAAGAGCCUUAUUACUUCUAUUAGGGACAAGGCUCCAGGACAAAGAGAAUGUGACCAGUCCAUUGACAGCAUCAAUCGAUUUAUCCGUGAUAUUGAACAGGCCUCUCUCGCCAGUGUUAGCCAAGAUUUGGCCAUGAGGGAUGACAUAUCUUUGGAGGCUCUGCAAGAACAGCUCACAUCUGUUGUUCAAGAAAUAGGCCACCUUAUUGAUCCCAUCACUACAGCGGCAAGGGGAGAAGCAGCACAACUAGGGCACAAGGUAACCCAGCUUGCCCGUUACUUAGAACCUCUAGUCCUUGCUGCUGUUGGAUUAGUCUCCAAAGUCCUGGACCAUCAGCAGCAGAUGACUGUACUAGAUCAGACCAAGACACUGGCAGAAUCUGCUCUUCAAAUGCUAUAUGCUGCCAAAGAGGGCGGGGGAAAUCCUAAGGCUGUUCACACUCAUGAUGCAAUAGCUGAGGCAGCUCAGUUGAUGAAAGAAGCUGUAGAUGAUCUCAUGAUUACCCUAAAUGAGGCUGCCAGUGAGGUUGGCAUGGUUGGGGGGAUGGUGGAUUCCAUUGCUGAAGCCAUGAAUAAGUUGGAUGAAGGGACACCACCUGAACCUACAGGGACCUUUGUCGACUAUCAGACCACUGGUGUUAAAUACUCCAAAGCAAUUGCUGUGACUGCCCAGGAAAUGAUGACCAAAUCUGUAACCAACCCAGAAGAGCUUGGUAGUUUGGCAUCGCAGGUGACAAGCGAUUAUGGAAAUCUUGCUGUCCAAGGUCGUAUGGCUGCAGCUACUGCAGAGCCCAAGGAGGUUGGGUCCCAGAUUAAAUCACGAAUUCAGGAUUUGGGACAUGGCUGCAUAUUCUUAGUACAGAAGGCUGGAGCUCUGCAGAUAUGCCCUACUGACAGUUACACCAAACGUGAGCUAAUUGAAUGUGCUCGAGCUGUGACUGAAAAGGUGUCGCUGGUACUUUCAGCUUUGCAGGCAGGCAACAAGGGGACGCAGGCUUGUAUUACAGCCAGCAGUGCUGUUUCUGGCAUUAUUGCAGAUCUAGACACAACUAUUAUGUUUGCUACAGCUGGAACUCUCAAUGCCGAGAAUAAGGAAUCAUUUGCUGAUCACAGGGAGAACAUACUAAAAACUGCAAAGGCACUUGUAGAAGACACAAAAUUGUUGGUUUCAGGAGCUGCAUCCAGCCAAGAAAAGCUUGCACAGGCCGCUCAGUCAUCUGCUAAUACAAUUACCCAGCUGGCCGAGGUUGUAAAGCUUGGUGCUGCCAGUAUGGGCUCCGAUGAUCCUGAAACCCAGCUGUAUAUCUAUCUGCAAAUAAGACGUCCUGGCCCGGAAACGGUAUUCCAAAUGAACACGGAGCAAUGUGGGGUGGUGCUGAUCAAUGCCAUAAAAGAUGUGGCAAAGGCUUUGGGUGAUUUGAUUGAAGCAACAAAAUGUGCAGCUGGGAAGGCAGCAGACGACCCAUCCAUGUACCAGCUAAAGAGUGCUGCCAAGGUUAUGGUGACAAAUGUAACCUCCCUUUUGAAAACGGUGAAAGCUGUAGAAGAUGAGGCCACACGUGGUACAAGAGCUCUGGAAGCCACAAUAGAGCAUAUCAAGCAGUCGCUAACAGUUUUUCAAUCAAAGGAUAUCCCUGAAAAGACUUCAUCCCCAGAAGAAUCCAUACGUAUGACCAAAGGAAUCACUAUGGCAACAGCCAAAGCUGUAGCUGCUGGGAACUCUUGUCGGCAGGAAGAUGUCAUAGCCACAGCUAACCUGAGCCGCAAGGCAGUGUCUGAAAUGCUUAGAGCCUGCAAGCAAGCAGUUUAUCAUCCUGAUGUUAACGCAGAUACCAGGCAGCGAGCCUUAAGAUAUGGGACAGAAUGCACCUUUGCCUACCUGGAGAUGCUGGAGCAUGUUUUAUCUAUUUUGCAGAAGCCAAGCCCAGAAGUCAAGCACCAGCUGUCCAUAUAUUCCAAACGUAUUGCAGCAGCAGUUACAGAGCUCAUUCAGACAGUGGAAACCAUGAAAGGAACUGAGUGGGUUGACCCUCAAGAUCCCACUGUGAUUGCUGAGAUUGAACUGCUUGGUGCCGCAGCUUCUAUUGAGGCGGCAGCUAAAAAACUGGAACUGCUCAAACCACGGGCCAAACCCAAACAAGCAGACGAGACACUGGACUUCGAGGAGCAGAUCCUGGAGGCAGCUAAAUCAAUUGCCGCUGCUACAAGUGCCCUGGUGAAAUCGGCUUCAGCAGCACAGAGAGAGCUUGUGGCACAAGGCAAGGUUGGAGCAAUUGCAGCCAAUGCAGCAGACGAUGGUCAGUGGUCCCAGGGGCUUAUUUCUGCUGCCAGAAUGGUAGCUGCAGCAACCAGCAACCUGUGUGAAUCGGCCAACGCCUCUGUGCAAGGCCAUGCCAGUGAGGAGAAACUCAUCUCCUCUGCCAAGCAAGUGGCAGCCUCCACCGCUCAUCUCCUGGUGGCCUGCAAGGUGAAAGCUGACCACGACUCUGAGGCCAUGAGGAGACUCCAGGCGGCAGGUAAUGCUGUAAAACGCGCCUCCGAUAGCCUUGUCCGUGCAGCGCAGAAGGCAGCUUUCAGCAAAGCUGAAGCUGAUGAUGUUGUGGUGAAGACAAAGUUUGUUGGAGGAAUAGCACAGAUCAUAGCAGCUCAAGAAGAGAUGCUUAAGAAGGAAAGAGAGCUGGAGGAAGCACGGAAAAAGCUAGCACAGAUUCGCCAACAGCAGUACAAAUUUUUACCCUCGGCCUUGAGAGAAGAAGAGAGCUAAAUGUCUAUCCCACACAUUGACAUUCUCACCCUGAAAACAGAGCCUUCACUGUACCAACUGAGGGAAGACUUAGUGCUUCCUCCAUAGCGCCCUCUGGUUAUGAAAGGAAGAAAUCUGUCAUGGAGGAAGGAGUUCACUUUCACUAUACUAAGACUGUCAGUAUUAUUUCCCAAGGUGGACACAAAUAUAUAAAUAUAUAUAUAUAUAUAUAUAAAGUUAUAUAGAAGCCUGCAGGGUAUAAGAGAAACUUCUAAGCCGGAUACACUCCUCCUACAUAAAUAUUUCUGGUUUUAAAAAUUGGCCCCCUUUAACUACGUAACCUCUUCAGUGCUGGAGGUACCCGCAUAACAAUGCAAACCAGGAAAACAUGAAACUGCCUUUUUCUCUAGUCUGUUUUGCAAUUUAAUUUAGCACUGGAACAAUUCUGUAUACUCAAAUGAUCUACAUGAAGCCUCCUAAGAAUUAAAGGCACUUGUAAUGAA